GCAGGUUUUGUCCCAUGGACGCGCUGCGCCCAGUGCUCCUGGCGGUGCUGCUCGGGGUACCUGCCGGGGCCCUGACCUGCUACGGGGACUCUGGGCAGCCAGUGGACUGGUUCGCCGUCUACAAGCUGCCGGCCAAAAGCGGGCCUGGGGACGCGGCCGGGAGCGGGCUGAGGUACAAGUACCUGGAUGCUACCUCGGGAGGCUGGCGCGACGGUGCGGUGUUCAUCAGCAGCUCGGCAGGGGCAGUGGGCCGCAGCCUGCUGCCGCUGUAUCAGAGCAACGCCAGCCAGCUCGCCUUCCUGCUCUACAAUGACCAGCCGCCUGAGUCCAGCGGGGUUCAGGACUCUUCCAGCCGUGGACACACAAAGGGGGUGCUGCUCCUGGACCGAGAAGGGGGCUUCUGGUUGGUCCACAGCGUUCCGCGCUUCCCUCCGCCUGCCUCUUCUGCUGCAUAUAGCUGGCCCGAUAGUGCUCGAAAUUAUGGCCAGACCCUACUCUGUGUGUCUUUUUCCCUCACCCAGUUCCUGACAAUUGGGAGACAGCUGACCUACACCUAUCCCCUGGUGUAUGACCACAAGCUGGAAGGGGCCUUUGCCCAGAAAUUCCCUAACCUGGAGGAAGUGGUCAAGGGCCACCACAUUCGCCAAGGGCCCUGGAACAGCAGUGUAACACUCACAUCACAGGCAGGGGCCACCUUCCAGAGCUUUGCCAAGUUUGGAAACUUUGGAGAUGACCUGUACUCUGGCUGGUUGGCAGGAGCCCUUGGCAGCAACCUGCAGGUCCAGUUUUGGCAAAAUUCUGCUGGCAUUCUGCCCUCUAACUGCUCAGGUGCUCAGCACGUAUUGGACAUAACCGAGAUAGCCUUCCCUGGGCCAGGGGGGCCAACUUUCAGUGCCACAGAAGACCAUUCCAAGUGGUGUGUGGCCCCAAAAGGACCCUGGACCUGUGUGAGUGACAUGAACCGGAACCAGAGAGAGGAACAUCGGGGUGGGGGCACACUGUGUGCCCAGCUGCCUGCUCUCUGGAAGGCCUUCCAGCCAUUGGUAAAGGACUGGGAACGCUGUAAGGAGCCCUGGUGGCACAGGGGUUAAGUGCUUGACUGUAAACUGAAAAGUCGGCAGUUUGAACCUAUCAGCCACUCUAUAGGAAAAAGAUGUGGCAGUCUGCUUCCAUAAAGAUUACAGCCUUGGAAACUGUAUGGGGCAGUUCUACUCUGUCCUAUAGGGUUGCUGUGAGUUGGACUUGACUUGAUAACGACAAUGGGCUUUGGUUUUUGGGAACCCUGUAGGGAAUAGAACUGAGUUGUCUCACCAGGAAACCCAGCAGAGCAUAUAAGAGAUUAGGUUCAAGAACCA